AUGUUGAUAGUGCUAAAUCGAAAACAAAAAAAAAAAGAGCCGCGUGACUAUUGGUUACUUAAAAAAUAUGAUAUUUUGGUCGUUAAUAAUAAUAGUAAAUUAAUUUAUCCUGUUAAAAAUAAUGAUAACAAUAUUUUAUAUUAUAUAAAAGAAAGUGACGUUUUUGAUGUGUUACAUGAUGCUCACCAAUCGUUAGGACAUGGAGGACGAGACAGAAUGUUGUAUGAGCUUAAUAGUAAGUUUAAAAAUAUUACGCGCUUCGAAGUAGAUCUUUAUUUGUCAUUAUGCGAACUGUGUCAAUUAAAACACAAAAAAAUUAGAAAAGGAUUAGUAGUGAAACCCAUUAUUUCUAGUGAAUUUAAUAGUCGCUGUCAAGUUGAUUUGAUCGAUUUUCAAUCAAAUGCUGAUAAACUUUUUAAAUUUAUAAUGGUAUAUCAGGACCAUUUAACUAAAUUUGUCGUCAUAAAACCAUUAAAGACAAAAACUGCAGAAGAAGUGGCUUAUAAUUUAAUUGAUAUUUUCACUUUACUUGGAGCACCUUCUAUAUUACAAUCCGACAACGGUCGUGAAUUUUCCAAUCAAAUUGUUUGUAACUUGAAAAAUUAUUGGCCCAAUUUAAAAAUCGUUCAUGGAAAACCUCGACAUUCCUAA